AAAAAUGAGAGAGAAGGAAGUGAGAAGCCAUAGUUAAUGGAUUUCUCGGAGAAGGACCUAUUCGGCGAAGAUUCCGACAACGAACAAGAUGGGACGCACUCUUCUUCCCGAUCUUCAUCAUCCUCUGCUUCUUCUUCCUCUUCCUCAUCUUCUUCUGCCUCUUCCUCCAACGCCACUGAUGCUGCCGCCGACUCCAGCUCCGCCACCGGAACCGCCAGCAGCGGCGGCGAAGAUGGCGAAGAGAAUGGCGAUGUCGUAGAUAGCAACAAGGUCCAUGCCUCUCAUAAUGAAGACAAAGAUCUAUUUGGCUCUGAUAAUGAAGAUUACUGUAAAACCCUUGCUAAAAGUCCUUACCCUAUUCCUGUAUUGCCUGCCAUCCGCAAUGCGAAUAAUCAGGGUAGAGGGGGGUUUGGCCGUGGUCGUUGGCAGCCUGGGUUUCAAAAUGAUAGAGGAGCUGGCCUUCUUCCUCGUCCUGGACCUUAUCCUCAGAGGCAGAAUUUUGGGUAUGGAAACAGGUUUCCGAAUGGCCGCCAUCACGAUGAACGGUUUGUCUCUGAUAUGAAGCUUUCAAAGAGUGAAGAAACUCUGUCUAGAAAGUGCAUUGCUUUUCAGGAGCCUUGUGAAGUUGCCUGCUACAGUCGUGUAGAAGGCGGAGAAGUAUGUUUCGAUGAUCGUAGCUUGAGACUUUUUAAGCGCCAUGUCACUGAAGAUGUUGGAGCUGAUUUGAAUGAAGGUUAUGAUACAUUCAUUGCCAAAAAAGACUUAGGCUCAGAAGGUUUUGGUGAUCUCCUUGCUUGCAUUAGGGACAAAAAUAUCCCACUUCAAAACAUUCAUUUUGUGACAUUCCGUAACAAUCUUAAUAAGAUACUGGCUACAGCUUAUAUCCGUCAUGAGCCUUGGGAAAUGGGGGUUCACAAAAGGAAUGGUGUUGUCUAUCUAGAUGUGCAUAAGCUACCAGAAAGACCACAAAGUGAUUUAGAUCGCAGGAGAUGUUAUUACGGAUAUUGUUUUGAGAGCCUUGCCACUGAAGAUCCUAGAAGAGCAGAUGGAGAGGGGAUACAUCAUGUUGAUGCCAAUGUUGAAUUCUGUUCUGUGAUUAAGACAAAAUUAGGGGCUCACCGUAUCUUGAUGGGUGCUGAGAUGGAUUGCUGUGAUACGACUAAUGAUGGAAAGAGAUUUUAUAUGGAGCUAAAGACAAGUUAUGAGUUGAAUUAUCAUACAGAGGAAAAAUUUGAGAGAGAGAAACUGCUGAAGUUUUGGAUUCAGUCAUUCCUGGCUGGAGUUCCAUAUAUUGUCAUAGGAUUUAGGGAUGGUGCAGGUCGUCUUGUUCGGACAGAAAGACUUAGAACCAAAGAUAUAACACAGAGAGUAAAAAUGAAGAACUACUGGCAGGGAGGAGUCUGCUUGGCAUUUGCCGAUGAAGUAUUAUGCUGGCUGUAUGGAACAGUCAAAGAAAAUGAAGAUUACAUAUUGCAGUUUGCUCCACCUUCCAACCGUUUGGAGCUUCUGCAAGCCCAGUCUUGCCCAGAUGCAAUAACUAGUCAUCUCGAGCUGUUGUGAUUGGGAAAAUUGGAGAUCUUACAGUUACUUAAACAAUUAGAUAUACAAAAAAAGGAGAAUCAACUCUGGACUUCUCCCUGUAGCUUUAUUCAGAUGAACUUCUGGUAUAAGGGUACCCAAUUUAAGUGCUGAGAAUUGCAUUCACAUCUCAAUAGUAACUUGCAGAAAUAUUAUGGCCUUAUUCAGUUCGAAUAUAGCUUUUCAUUUUAUUGUUUCAAACUUUUUGUUUCCAUUUAAAGCUUAUUCGGUUGAAUAUAGCUUUCAUGUGAUGUUAAAAAAAAGUUUAUUU